AACUCAUGAAAUAGAAUGUUUCAGUGUGAUGGUGUUUUGUGUGAUAUUAUUAUCAUAGCAAUUAUAUCUCAUCUGUUUUACAGACCACAUUAGAAACCUGAUUAUGUAUCACAGUUAUGUUGCAGAAUAUGAUAUUCUCUCAGUUGUUGUUUAUUCAGCUCUUUUUAAAUCUGCAUUGGAAAAACGUCUGAAUUAUGCAGAGUUUGAUCGAAUCUUCAUAACAGUCCUCUUUGGAAUAAUGCUUCUGUACUGCUUCAUCAGAAUCACUUACGUUUUAGUUGCAAAGAUUGGACAGACAAAAGGACGGAUAAUUGAUAUAUUUGACAUUGUGGCCUAUUUGAUCUUUGAUUUUCUGCCUACAUUACAAUUCAUCCUUCUAUUCUACACAAUUGGAGCAGCCAAAGGAGGACUUUUCAUUGUUGCAGUUUUACCAGUGAUGAUAACAAUGACAAAUGACACAUUGUUUUAUAAAUGCUACAGGCUUGGCUUUUCAGAAUCAGUCAUAAGGACACAGUGGAUAAUUGUCAUAUUAGUGAUGAAUGGCGUAAUGAUUGUUUUUUUCAUCAUGACAACGGAAAAGGAAAAAGAUCCUAUUGGAUGGGCCUGUGUGAUUGUGUUUCUGCAAAUACUCUGGAUAAUUAUGAAGUUUACAGAUCCCUAUUAUAUUUUUAUUGCUCAUGAUUUUUAUCGUUUUGUCCCUGUGUACCUGUUUGGAUCAGUUGGUGUUGUUUUAAUAAGCGCUGUUACACUGAUGACAGAACUGAUACUGAAAACAUUUAAUGGUGAUCGUGCAGUGCUGGAUCUGAGAUUCAUUAUUUUUCCCUCUGAAGGACUGUUUGUCUUAUCUGUGCUGAUUUCAGGACAAUUUGCAUCUAGGAUCAAGAAGUGUCUACAAUCAUGUCAAACUCAGAAUGUAGCAGGAUCUGAUGAAACUGCAGUCACAGGAUCGAACCCGAACACAGUAGAAAUGAAUCCUCUACUACAAACACAAGAUCAGGAGGCUGGCAGGAGUGAAGAAACAGAGGAAACACAGCCCGAUUCAGUGGUGUAACUAACUAAAUCAACAGACAUAUACCAAUUCCUGGAAUGUUUGUUCAAACUCUCAUGAGCACUGACAAACUGAGACUUCAGUGAUGUCCUUCAGUUUAAGUCAUACAGAAUAUUUUUUACUGUGAGCUUCUUGUUUUCAGAGUGCAGUUGUAUUGUGAAUGGAAACACAGUGAUUCCCACAGCAGUGCACAGACUGAAAGAGCCAAAAGAACUCAGAGUAGCCGACAUACACAGAUUAACCAAAAACAGUUGACUCAAGAAGUCUUGGUGGUGGGAGUUUGAUGCUCUGGGCAAUGUUCUGCUGGGAAACCCUGCUUCUGGGCUUUCAUGUGGAUGUCAAUUUGACACAAGCUACCUACCUAAAUAUUGUUAGGGAUCAAGUACACUCCUUCAUGGCAUUCCCUGAUGGCAGUGGCCUCUUUCAGCAGGAUAAUGCGUCCUGCACACAUUGUUCGGGAAUGUUCAAGGCGAACAUGACGCAGAGUUUGAGGUGUUGCCCUUUAGGUCUGUUCCCUUUGUAUGGCACCCCUCUGCGUUGUAUACCCUUUUCUGAACCCAUGCCAAAAUAUUUGACUUGCUGUGUCCUGACCUGUCCUGUGAUGACUCUUGUGUUUCACUGAGGCCCCUAUUUGCAUAACUCAACUCAAAAACAAAUGUAAACAGAUUUAAAGCAUAUGUGAAUGUAAAAAGUGAAAGUAAAAGUAGGGUAGUUCUGUAGAUGUCAGGUUUUUAAAAAGAUCUUGAAAAGUUUUAGUAGGUGCAGCUUUAAAACUCAGUUUUACUUCUAAAAUUGCAAAUAAAAUGACUUGUU